GUUAUUUUUGCUUUUGCUUUGCUUUCUUUUCAAUUCUUUUGCCGCCCCCUUCUCUUCUUCUUGUUCCCUCCGUCUAUGACACCUUCAACCCGUUAUCCUUAUUUUAAUUCAAAUGCUCAGUCAAAUCAAUAUACAACAGUUUCUUCAUUUCUCUGUACAUUUCUGUAAAAAAAUUGUUUGUUAAUUUAAACAGUUUCUCUGUUUGCUUCUUUUUAAUGGAAAUCCGGUUUUCAUGACUUUGCUUCAUCUUCGAUACAAGGACUGAAAUUCAUGCAAAUAAAGCAGAUUGGAAUAUAAGAGACUGUUGGGGUUCAUCAGAUGGAGAACUACGAAAUAUUAGAGCAGAUUGGGAAGGGUUCCUUUGCUUCUGCUCUACUUGUGAGGCAUAAACGUGAAAAGAAAAUGUAUGUUUUGAAGAAAAUCCGACUUGCCAGACAGUCUGAUAGAACCCGUAAAUCUGCCCUUCUGGAGAUGGAGCUUAUUUCCAAAGUACAAAAUCCUUUUAUAGUAGAAUACAAAGAUUCAUGGGUAGAAAAGGGUUGUUAUGUGUGUAUUAUUAUAGCUCAUUGCGAAGGAGGUGACAUGACUGAAGCAAUCAAAAGAGCCAAUGGAACUCAUUUCCCUGAAGAGAAACUCUGCAAAUGGCUAGUUCAACUCCUAGUGGCCCUUGAUUACUUGCACGUUAAUCAUAUCCUCCAUAGAGAUGUUAAGUGUUCAAAUAUAUUCUUAACUAGAGAUCAAGAAAUCCGACUUGGUGAUUUUGGUCUUGCUAAAAUGUUGACUUCUGAUGAUCUUGCAUCCUCUGUUGUGGGUACUCCUAGCUACAUGUGUCCUGAGCUUCUUGCAGAUAUACCUUAUGGUUCUAAGUCAGAUAUCUGGUCUUUAGGAUGUUGUAUAUAUGAAAUGAUGGCUUUCAAGCCUGCCUUCAAAGCUUUUUUGACUGUUGAAGCUAAUCUCUCGCCCGCCAAAACCUUAACAAUAAUGGAAGAUGGUCAAACCCUGGAACUCUAUGAUCUCCAUUACUCUGAUCUUAUGGCAUUGUCUUCUUCAGAUCACCGGUUACCAACAACUUCCGAAAACACCUCAUAUUUGGAAUCAGUGAUGACCACGGUCAUGAAAAACCUAGGCCCGUCGGGUCCUGGUCUUCUUGCCGUCACCGGAAUCCCCAAUGCUUCCGCUCUCCGCCAAACACUGCUUCCAAUGGCUCGAAAGCUUGCUCUUCUUAACAAUGAAGAUCGCAAACACGUACUCAAGCUAGUUUUGAAUAUAGAAAGAGAGUUAUUGCUUACAUAUUAUGUUCACAAAGGGGUGUUUGGAUGUGCUGCCAGCGAUCAGGAUCAUGGGUUAGGGAGUGAUGUUCCACUGAAGAACAUAGAUAGAACAGUUUCCCCUUUCGCUAUGCAAUUAAAAUACAACCAAGACCUAGACAUGACCUUAAAUCAUUCAGAGACUACAGGUCACAGUUCAGAUCUUGAGAGUCUGAAUGAAUUCAAAAAUCUUGGGAACAUAUUCAAAGAGCUAGGAAAUUGCAUGAUGGAUCUAGGCAUUCAAGUAGCAAGGGUGUGUGACAAGUUCAUUGGUGGACAUGAGCUAGAGCAAAGCUUACUAGAAUCAUGCUCUGCUAAAGGGCGUCUUAUUCACUACCAUUCAUUUCAAGAUAACCUUAUUCUACAAGCUUCAAAUACCAAACAAACCCAAAACAAGACACUCAAAAAAACCAAUAGUAAUCACUCUGAUUUAUGGCAGCAGUGGCAUUAUGAUUAUGGUGUGUUCACUGUUUUGACAGCUCCAAUGUUUAUAUCUAAUGAAUCUUCCCAAUCAUAUGAUGGACAAGAAUGCCCUUCCCCUAGUGGACAUACGUAUUUGCAAAUUUUUGAUCCGAAUAAGAACAGUGUUGUAAUGGUGAAGGCACCUGUUGGGAGUUUUAUUGUUCAAGUAGGGGAAUCAGGUGAUAUAUUGUCAAAGGGGAAACUUCGUGCAACUCUUCACUCUGUUUGUAGACCUAAAAAUUUGGAAAACAUGAGCAGGGAGACAUUUGUUGUGUUCUUGCAACCUUCAUGGAACAUGAAGCUUUCUGUUUAUGAUUUUUCUGUGGAACAUUUGAGUUUGAAUGAUGGGUAUUCAAGAAUAUGUAAUGAGGAUAAUCGGAUUCAAAAUCCAAGUUUGGAUGUUGGAAAAUUAGUUCCACCACUUUGUGAUCGAUUGAAAGAUGGAAUGACAUUUGCAGAAUUCUCAAGAGAAACAACAAAGCAAUAUUAUGGAAGCAGUGGAGUGCAGUCGAAGAAUAGAUAGAAUGGUGGAAAGAUGAUUGGCUUUGCCUAAUUAACAUGUUGAUAACAAUGUGUUGAAUCGCUAAAACUAUGAAAGUUGUUUGAUUUGAUUUUCGUAAUCAUUGGAAAUCAUCUACAAUGGUGGAAGAUGAUUGACACAAUGAGUUUUGUUAAUGCAACUCUGAAAGCUAUUUAGUCCAAUCCAUUACAACAUUUUUACA